AUGUUCCACAACGUCGGCGGUGGUGUCGGUCACUCUCGACACCUCUCGACGCCUCUCGUUGCCACGCCACGUCAUCCUCGAUGCCUCUCGCCGCCAUGUCACCAAGCCACCAAAGCGGCAUGCAGAACGAAGCCAACAAAGAAACGAGGGACAGCGCCCAGUCGUGGGCGCUGUCAGAUUGGUGAGCCAGGACACCACACGAAUGCGGCGCCCACACCACGUAUGUCGUUUGCACACGACAGCGCCCAUGCCACGGCAUGGGCGCUGUCAAAUGCCCCAGGAUCACGGCACACGCUGGAUACCACAUGA